UUUUUCUCAUAAUCUGAAUCAGACUUUAAUCUCUGUGGACAUGGAAGUGGGAAAUCGCACCAUCCUGCAUGAAUUUAUUUUGGUGGGCUUCUCAGCAGACCCCCGGUUGCAGUUGAUUCUAUUUGGAGUAUUUCUGAUACUUUAUUUGGUAACCUUGUCAGGGAACAUGACCCUGGUUAUCUUAAUCCGGAUUGAUUCCCGUCUUCACACACCUAUGUACUUUUUCAUUGGCAGCUUGUCCUUCUUAGAUUUCUGGUACACCUCUGUAUAUACCCCCAAAAUCUUGGUUAAUUGUGUCUCAGAAGAUAAGCGUAUUUCCUUGGCUGGAUGCGGGGCCCAGCUCUUCUUUUCCUGUGUUGUAGCCUACACUGAAUGCUACCUCCUAGCAGCCAUGUCUUAUGAUCGCUAUGUGGCAAUUUGUAACCCCUUACUCUAUUCAGGUAUCAUGUCCACUUCUCGCUGUACUGGGCUUGUUGCUGGCUCCUAUGUUGGAGGAUUUUUGAAUGCCAUAGCCCAUACUGCCAACACAUUCCGCCUAAGUUUCUGUGGUAAGAAUAUCAUUGACCACUUCUUCUGUGAUGCACCACCGCUGGUAAAAAUGUCCUGUACUGACACAAAGGUCUAUGAAAAAGUGCUCCUGGGUGUGGUGGGCUUCACGGUCCUUUCCAGCAUUCUUGCCAUAUUGAUUUCCUAUUUCAACAUCCUCGUGGCUAUCCUGAAGAUCCGCUCAGCCUCAGGAAGGCGAAAGGCCUUCUCCACCUGUGCUUCCCACGUUGUCUCAGUCAUGCUCUUCUAUGGAUCUUUGCUCUUCAUGUAUUCAAGGCCCAGUUCCACCUACUCUCUAGAGAAAGACAAAGUUGCUGCCCUGUUCUACACAGUGGUGAACCCACUGCUCAACCCUCUCAUCUACAGCGUGAGGAACAAAGAUGUCAAAGAGGCUUUCAAGAAAGGAAUACAGAGCAUACGGCCACAACGAUGA